CCUCUCUCUCUCUCUUUCACUAUCUGUUUCUCUCCCUCAGCACUCUCCCUCUUAUCACUCUCCCUCUACUCUCUCCGGAUCACACACUCACUCAGGCAUGCUUACACCACAACUCUCUACACACAAAUGACAACACCACAUACAUGUUAGUAAGCAGCAUGGGGCUGUGAGGCAGAGCCCGGCUGGCUUCCUGCCCAUCCAUCCCGUUCGGGAGCUUUUCCAGCCGUCAACACACCAGGACAUCUCUCCGUGUGCAUGAGAGACAGACAGCAGUGGACUCAAGGCUGUAUCAGCUGCAGGUGGAUGGAUGGGUAAAGAGGACAUGCAACAGUAACCACGGCAACAUUUGCCGGCGCAAGGGCACGGGGACUCUGUGAGGAUGGGAUCUCGGCCACAGCCCGUGAACCCACGGCAGGAGGAGGGCAGGCUGCUGCACGCUGCCUUGGUGGAGCAGGAGGAGGACGAGGACGACGAGGAGGGCUCCGAGGGGAGCAGCAGCGACAGCACCAGCCGGGCCGAGCCGGUGACGGUGCCCACCUUUGACGUCCCCUACUUUCGCUACAUAGACGACGAGGGGACAGAGGGAGAGGAGGAGUGGAGCAGCAGCCGCUCUCUGUCCUCUAUCGAGGAGGACUCCUCCACUGACUCUGUUGUGUCUGACAGGUACAUGGUGGUGUCAGGGACCCCAGAGAAGAUCCUGGAGCACUUGCUGAGUGACCUGACACUGGACAACGACCAGGGGACAACACAGGGCAAAGAGUCAGAUACACUCCUGGACGACUUUCUGCUGACCUACCCGGUGUUCAUGUCAACCAGUGAUUUAUGUCAAGCACUGCUGGGACACUAUUGCACCAAGCGAUGCCGAGGGAAAGAGGACAGGAAGGAGGAACUGGAGCGGAAAAGAAAAGUCCUGCACCUGGUGUCACAGUGGAUGUCUCUCUGCAGAGAUUUCCUGAGAGAAGACGAGCACGUCAAACUGUUCACGAAGACCUUGUAUCAUUACGUGCUGGAUGACCUCUAUGAGCACCCAGCCCUGGAGGCAGAUGUCAGGGAGCUGCAGAAACUCUAUCAGCUGCAUCGCAGACAUACGGCGGAUGAGUACUCACCUCAGAGAAAGAGCAAAGCACUUUUCCACCAAUUGAGCCUGAGAGAGAGCGGAGUCCGGUCCAGAAGCACACGGAGGGAGACCAAGGAAGUGCUGUGUCAUGUGUACAUCACCAUGGACUCGUACCUCAGUAUGAAGGCCCAUGCUGGCGCAGUGGCCCAGGAGCUGCUGCAGGCAGUGGCAGAAAGGAUGGACGUCCCAGAGGGGGAACUAGUGCUCGUAGCCGUGACUUAUGUUGGAGGGCGACUCCUCCUGCAGCCUCAGGACAGAGUUUUCGCCGAUUCCUCGCGGCCUGUGGGGAGGCUGCACAUAUGCAGGAAGGAACUGGGAGAAGUCCUGUACCCGUUCACAGACAACUCAGAGCUGCAGCAGAGGACGGCUCGCAUGUUCACUCUGAACACGUGGGACGUGGCCGUUGCCCUCACCAACUUUGACUGGUCCAUCUUUGACUCAAUUCAUGAGCAAGAGCUGGUCUACUUCACCUUCAGUCGCCACGCCAGCAGCAACCACACCGUGGCACUGGAGCUGCUGCUGCAGCGCUGCAACGAGGUCCAACUGUGGGUGAUGACCGAGGUGCUGCUGUGCCCGACGCUCUGCAAGAGGGUCCAGCUCAUCAAGAAGUUCAUCAAGAUCGCUGCACACUGUAAAGCACAGAGGAACCUCAACUGUUUCUUCUCCAUCAUAAUGGGCCUGAACGCUGCAGCAGUGAGCCGCCUCAGUCAGACUUGGGAGAAAAUUCCUGGGAAAUUCAAAAAGCUGUUCUCAGAGCUGGAGACUGUUACAGAUCCCUCGCUGAACCACAAGGCCUACAGGGACUCCUUCAAGAAGAUGAAGGCGCCAAAGAUCCCCUUCCUCCCUCUGCUGCUGAAAGACAUCACAUUCAUUCACGAAGGCAACAAGACGUUUCACGACAACCUGGUCAAUUUUGAAAAGCUGCACAUGAUUGCAGACACAGUGAGGCUCAUCCGGCAAUGUCAGAAAGAUCACAUGGGAAAUGGCAUCACCCAGAAGAGCAGCUCUGAAGUGCGAGCCUACAUCGAUUACCUGCACAUCAUCGACAAUCAGCAGACUCUGUUUGAGCUGUCGCACCGGCUGGAGCCUCGUCCGUAGAGAGCAGCUCCUACCGUGCUCCGCCCGCCGCCCCCCGCCGCUCUGUCAGACUGAAACAUCUCCCCGUUUGUCUCCUCGAUCUCUCAGGACUCCGGUCAGAGGAAGACUGCGUGACCCGGCCGACAACAGGAGGGAGCUGUUCGAUCAGGAAUAAGAUAAUAAUCCAUAAUGAUGGAUGGAAUCUCCCACCACAGACGGGAAUGAGAUGACACAUCUUAGACAUACUAUACUUGACGACUUGAGCUGCAUGUUGUCGAGAGAAAGAAAAAAAGCAUCACCAGCAGAAGGUGGUGUACUAGUGUGUCCAGCUCAUAGAUUGGUCCAGCUCUGCUGCUGCCGCUGCUAUGAUUUUCUUUUCCUACAGGUGGCAGAGUUUGGCAGGUCCAAGUGCUGGUCUGAAAACAGCCCAACAGCUCCCCCCUGUGGUCAAUCGGCAGCCUGCAACAAAAAAAGAGGGUGUGUUUGCAGGCGAAGUCUCUCAUGUCCAAUUAAAAAGAGCUACAAACGUGAACGUAGAAAAACAGCGUUGAGUGUGAAUGUAAAGACAACGUGCGAGACAGAAAGGUUCAUUCACUUGCCUUGUCAGAGCUUUGGACUCCAGAUCACAACAUGCAGACUGACUCAUGUUAGGUCUCCUUUUUGUAUUUACAGUGCGAGUGACCUUGGCGACAUCACAAAGUCAUUAGAUUUUAACCAAAGAGAACUUCAGUCCCACACUGUGCACACGCCUCUUGUUUGUUUUCUAGUUUCAUACUGUGCAACCCAGAUGGUUUCUUUGCCUAAAGUUGGACAAAUGCGAAAGAAUUCUGAAUCAGUACACUCCUCGUACAACAAGCUGGUGACUUGCUUAAGUGAAUCAAGACUAUAGUGAAAAUUACACUAGUAAAAAUAUAGUUAAAUAUUCAACUUUACCGUUUUAUUAUCUUUUUUUUACAUUGGAGAAUUCUCUUACCAUGCGGUUUCCUGUUGUUUAAAGUGUAGUAGAUGAGGCUUUACACAAGUCAGAUGGUAUUAGUGCAGGAAACUAGGAGGACAAACAGUAAUCUGUAUUCCUCUGGUGUGUGUGUGUGUGUGUGUGUGAAAAGUUGUGUGUCUCUGUGUUCGAAUUGUGUACGUCUGUGCCGAAGUCCAUAAAAACGCCCAUUCAAUUUAAUGCCAAUGGCUCAUCUUAUGAAAAGCAUCGGCAUAAGGAUCUCCAUGUAGCUGAGCUGUGGACAAUCAGAUGUAUUCUGUCACACCUCCAUAUUGGUCUCUAUAGUCCAGGUUCAAACACGAUACGAUGCAUUUUUUUUCUUUGUAUCAUUGGAUCGGACUAUCGUCCAGAUAGUUUUGAUUAUUUCAGGUUCGGAGAGAGGCUUUAGCCUUUAAUUUGCGGGACCAUAAAGUGUCAAUUGAAAAACUCAGUGUAACCUGUCUCUCCAAAGACAAGUGAUUAUUAUAGAUGUAUUUUAGAGGGGGGGGGGAAAGAGUUUUAUUGUGUUUUUGGGAGAAACUGUCCCCAUUAACGAAGAGCAUUACACAGCAGCACCUUCUGGACAAAAAUAAGUAGCGAAUGAGGAAGAAAAACUGAAGCCAGUUGCAAAUGAACAAGGUUUCAUAAGUAACACUACUGUACACAACUGUACAGCUUGUAGUGAUAGAAAAUGGUAUUUCUCUAAAAUGGUCUGCAGAGAAGGUCCUGAGUUCAGGUCGUUCUGAGAAGGCGAUGUGAAGUGUUGCAGAUGAAACUUUUCUUCAUAUUCUUGACAUUUCAUUUGUAUAUUCCUGGAUUUUAGAGCCCACGUUGAAAACGGUGAAAACAUGCUACAGCAUUAUCUUACAUAUUUUGAAUUCUGCAUUUAUCAUCAAUGUACAGUUCAUUUUAUUUAUACUGUAUAUAUUUGUAUGUUGAAAUUCUAGACAUGAAUAUUUAUUUCAGAAUUAUUUAUUUCUUCUAUAGAUAUCACUUAUAUUGAAUUCAGUUUAAUUUCAGCUUUUUCUUUUUGUAUGCACUGUUUGGGUUGGUCUGUAUGACAUGGCAAAACAUGGAUUGACCACCGGUGUCAAGUGUGCAUGCAAUAAAUUGUUUUCCAUCGUCA